AUGUCUUGGCGAGAAGGAGGCACUUCACUGCUUGCGAGUCCGGCAUCCGCCGAGACAGAGGCAUGGGUAGGACGUCGGGACGGCGCCACGACUGCUUCUGUAGGACUGGCAGGUUUUAGCAGUGAUGGUCCAGCUCGGCGCAUCCUCAUCGACACCGACCCAGGUGUUGAUGAUGCAUUGGCGAUUCUGUUGGCAUCGGGAUCGUCAGAGCUGAAGCUGGAAGGAUUGUCCAUAGCUUUUGGGAAUGGCAAGGACAUCGCAGCCCUCGGUUCCAAUGCCAAGCUGCUUCUUCGCUUGGCGGGCUUAGCGGAGACCCCGGUUGCUUUGGGUGCACAGCCCGAUUUGCACGACGGUGAAGCAGGUGCCAUGGUCAGUCGUGAAGGUAUGAAGAAAGCCCUGGUGCAUGGAGAAGACCACAUGGGCAAUGUCAGUGCCAAAUAUGGCAAAGAUGCUUCAGAUCGAACAGGAUUUCACGAGCUCGCUGCCCCGGAGUUCAUCUACGAAACGUGCAAAUGCAGUCCACGGGAGAUUACGUUGGUCUGCAUCGGUCCUCUCCAUAACCUAGCUGCAGCCCUGGACUCGCAUCCAGACCUGCCACAACUUCUCCGUGAGGUUGUGAUCAUGGGCGGUGCUUUUGGCGAGCGCCGUGGCAACCGGACGCCGUCUGCCGAAGCCAACUUCUUCGACGGUCCAGAAGCUGCCCAGGCAGUGCUGACUGCUGGCUUUGAGAGACUGGUGUUAGCAGGAUUGGACAUCACGCACCAGACAGACAUGCUGGUUUUGCGGAAGGAAUGUUUGGAAUCUGGAUCUGCCUUGUCCCAGUUUGUUUGGGACCUGUGCGAGAACUUCAUCAACGUCUAUCACGACUGGGGCGAGACCCUUGCACCAGCACACGACGCAGUUCCCAUCAUGUACCUGCUUCGACCCGACCUCUUCGAAAGUCAAAACGUUCGGGUCGAAGUGGAAACGCGAGGCGAAAUUACUCGCGGGAUGUCCAUUGCAGACUGGAAGGGUCAGUGGGGCAAGGAAAGAAACUGCACAGUACUUCGCAGGAUUAGAGACCGUGACGAGUUCUACCGGGUGUUCGUUCGAGCUAUUGCUCGUUUGCCUGUGUCCAGAAACUGA